AUUGGACGCUUGCUCACUUCAUCUUCAAAAAACAAUAAGAAGCUCUGGAGAGAGAAGAGUCCGGCAGUGUUGUUCUAAGCUUAAACACUGGUUUGUUAGUUAGUUAGAUUGUCUGAGAUUAAGAGAGAAAGAUUUUGAAAAUGGGUAGACCACCAUGCUGUGAUAAAACAGGAGUGAAGAAAGGUCCAUGGACUCCUGAAGAAGACAUAGCUCUAGUUUCUUACAUUCAAGAACACGGUCCUGGGAAUUGGAGAGCUGUUCCCACACAUACAGGGUUGUUAAGAUGCAGUAAGAGUUGCAGGCUUAGAUGGACUAAUUACCUGAGGCCAGGGAUCAGACGUGGUAAUUUCACUGAUCAUGAAGAAAAGAUGAUUAUUCAUCUUCAAGCUCUUUUGGGUAACAGAUGGGCAGCAAUAGCAUCAUAUCUUCCACAAAGAACAGAUAAUGAUAUCAAGAAUUACUGGAAUACCCAUUUGAGAAAGAAGCUAAGGAAACUUGAAUCAGGUCUUGGAAAUGAUGGGUUCUCAAGUUUAGAUCAACAAUCAGCAAUUCCUAAAGGACAAUGGGAAAGAAGACUCCAAACUGACAUGCACACAGCCAAGAAAGCCUUGAGUGAUGCAUUAUCUCUUGAUGACAAGUCUUUAACAAUCCCUACAUCAUUUAGUUCUUCUUCAUCACAGAUUUAUUACUCUGAUUCUUAUUUUGUCAAAGCAAAUCCACCACCACCACCACCACCACAAACAACUACUAGUUCUACUGCUACAUAUGCAUCUAGUACUGAAAAUAUCUCAAGAUUACUUCAAGGUUGGAUGAAGAAUUCUCCAAAGUCAGCUUCUACUGCUACUACUACUAAUUCAUCAUCAUCAAAUAUUGGGGUAGGAGCUAAAACUACUAAAACUGAAUCUACAACUUCUAGCAGUGAUGUCGAAGGCAGCACCUCAAAAUCAGAAGCAAUUGAUCAAUCUAUCUUUGGGUUCGAUUCUUCUUCUAACUCUAUCACUACUCCUCAGUCAAUGUCUUCUACAGUUGAUGAUCAAGCUAGCACUGAUCUGUAUUUCCAAGAUGAUGAAAAGCGAAAAGAUAAUCAGCUGAUCAUGAAAUCUGAAAAUGAAGCAGUUCCAUUCUCAGUCAUUGAGAAUUGGUUAUUUGAUGAGAGUAUUGUUCCUCAAGGUCAAGAGGAAGGAGGAUUAUUUCAAAUCUCUUUAGGUUGUGACGAUGAAGAUGAUCAUAACAACACUUCUGAGUUCUUUUAAUUACACUACAGUAGUUUCACGUUUUUGUUUAUUUUUUCCUUAUUAUCUAUUGGUGAUUUUUGUUUAGUUAGUUUUUGACUCUAAUUAAUCAAGUUUGUGGUUCAUCCAAGAAUAAGCUAUUAAAAGAAGAAGUGUACA